AUGCUGAAAUCUAUUACCGCAUUACUUCUCACCCUGUUGACCGCUGCCCCAGCAGAGGCUCAGUGUCAUAACAGCAAAGUUACCAUCUCAUGCCGUGGCCCUGAGGGCUUUAGUGGGGGCGUUUUGUGUAACGAAAAACAACUGGCGUGCCCUGCAGGGCAACGAAUGGCAUCCUUCAACCAGGCCAGUUUUGACUGCAAUAAAAGGGACAAAAAUAACAACUUCUGGAACACUUGCGUCUAUGAUGUAUUGCAACACUUUUCCGUCUCUUGCUGUUCCAAAUCUUGA